ACAAUAUGUACAUCGAAUCAAGAGAAGCAAAAUUUGAGAUCACAAAACAUCUGUGACCACUUCUUGAUUUUAUUUUUUGGCUGAUUCCUUCCCUUAAACAUACCCCUAACCCCACCUUCUUCAAAAUCUUUUUCUUCAGAAAUUCCAAGUAUCUUUCUUUUCCUUUAAAUACCCACAAACCACAUUGCUUUUUCUUUACACUUUGAUUCUUGAUUCUUCUCUUCUUUCUUGCAUCUUCUUCUACCUUCUUUUAUUAUCCUUAUUGUCAAUUAUUAUCCUUAUUGUCAAGUGAAAAGAAUGGAUUUUUAUGCAUCUUCUUCAACAGUUUCAUCUGAGGAACCCCAUGUUCUAGCUGUGGAUGACAAUCUUGUUGAUCGUAAACUUGUCGAGAGAUUACUCAAGAAAUCCUCUUGCAAAGUGACUACAGCAGAAAAUGGUCUGAGGGCCUUGGAGUACUUGGGUUUGGGAGCUGAUCAGGAGCAUUCUACAAAUGGCAAUGGUUCAAAGGUUAAUAUGAUAAUAACAGAUUACUGCAUGCCAGGAAUGACUGGUUAUGAGCUGCUUAAGAAAAUCAAGGAAUCGUCGAUUUUGAAGGAUGUACCAGUUGUGAUUAUGUCAUCUGAGAACAUUCCAACUCGAAUUGAUGAAUGCUUAGAAGAAGGAGCUCAGAUGUUCAUGCUAAAGCCUCUGAAACAUUCAGAUGUCAAGAGAUUACGAUGUCAACUAAUGCAAUGCCAAGGAUGAAGUGAUCCUUAUUACUAUUUGAAAAAAUAAGCAGAGAAUUGUUUUGCAUAUGAGGAAUGAUUAUGAGAGUUCUCAGAUUGAUAUAAAGUUUAAUUGCAGUAUAAUGACAUACACAGAACUAAUGUGUUGGCAUUUGGUAUCAUUUCUAAGUUAGUUAAAGGCUUAUAGCAUCAAGGGAUGCAUAUUCCCUUUUUGUCCACCUUAGUCUGACUUUUCUAAUUUCCUUUUCUAAAUUCUUGAUUGUUGUUUAUCAGAAUUGUCAAUACUAAUGCCUGGAAUCUUCUUCUUCUGAA